AUGCUUACGUCUUUUUCUUCUUUUAAUAUAUUUCUUCCGCCUCUUUUUAUAUAUACCUUUCUUCUCUCCUAUCAUUUUAAAUCUUAUUUUUUACUUUCUGUUUCAGAAUUCUUUCGCUUCUCGAAUUUCUUUCUUCCACGUUCAACAUCUCCAUCUAUGCCGCUUCAUUUCAUCAUCCAGUCCGAAAAGGAAACCCUUGUGCCCCUGAGCAAGACAACAUGUCCUGCUGUGCACAGGCCUCUGCCCAACACGUGUCUCGCCAUGCAGAUUUGUUUACCGAACGUCCCGCUUAUUCAGCUGGAUUCGCGCUGCGAACUUUUCUUCUGGCGACACCAAUCUGCGAAACGCGACACCAAUCUACGGGCGAAGAGGCGAGACCAAUCUGCGAGCGAAGAGGCAACACCCAUCUACGGGCGAGACGCGACACCAAUCUACGAGCGAAGAGGCAACACCCAUCUACGGUCGAGACGCGACGCAAUCUACGGGCGAAGAGGCAACACCCAUCUACGGUCGAGACGCGACACCAAUCUACGAGCGAAGAGGCAACACCCAUCUACGGGCGAGACGCGACACCAAUCUACGGGCGAAGCUGUGACACCAGUCUACGGGCGAAGAGAUCACACGAAUCUACGGGCGAAGAGGCGACACCAAUCUACGGGCGAAGAGGCGACACCAAUCUACAGGCGAAGAUGCGACACCAACCUACGUGCGAAGAGGCGACACCAAUCUACGGGCGAAGAGGCAACACCCAUCUACGGGCGAGACGUGACACCAAUCUACGGGCGAAGAGGCAACACCCAUCUACGGGCGAGAGGUGACACCAAUUUACGGGCGAAGAGGCAACACCCAUCUACGGGCGAAGAGGCAACACCCAUCUACGGGCGAGACGUGACACCAAUCUACGGGCGAAGAGGCGACACGAAUCUACGGGCGAAGAGGCGACACGAAUCUACGAGCGAAGAGGCAACACCCAUAUACGGUGGAGACGCGACACCAAUCUACGGGCGAAGAGGCAACACCCAUCUACGACGCGACACCAAUCUACGGGCGAAGCGAUCACACGAAUCUACGGGCGAAGAGGCGACACCAAUCUACGGGCGAAGAGGCGAUGACCAAUAUACGGGCGAAGAGGCGACACCAAUCUACGGGCGAAGAGGCGACACCAAUCUACGGGCGAAGAGGCAACACCCAUCUACGGGCGAGACGUGUCACCAAUCCACGGGCGAAGAGGCAACACCCAUCUACGGGCGAGAGGUGACGCAAUUUACGGGCGAAGAGGCAACACCCAUCUACGGGCGAAGAGGCAACACCCAUCUACGGGCGAGACGUGACGCAAUCUACGGGCGAAGAGGCGACACGAAUCUACGGGCGAAGAGGCGACACCAAUCUACGAGCGAAGAGGCAACACCCAUCUACGGUCGAGACGCGACACCAAUCUACGGGCGAAGAGGCAACACCCAUCUACGGUCGAGACGCGACACCAAUCUACGAGCGAAGAGGCAACACCCAUCUACGGGCGAGACGCGACACCAAUCUACGGGCGAAGCUGUGACACCAGUCUACGGGCGAAAGAGAUCACACGAAUCUACGGGCGAAGAGGCGACACCAAUCUACGGGCGAAGAGGCGACGCAAUCUACAGGCGAAGAUGCGACACCAACCUACGUGCGAAGAGGCGACACCAAUCUACGGGCGAAGAGGCAACACCCAUCUACGGGCGAGACCUGACACCAAUCUACGGGCGAAGAGGCAACACCCAUCUACGGGCGAGAGGUGACACCAAUUUACGGGCGAAGAGGCAACACCCAUCUACGGGCGAAGAGGCAACACCCAUCUACGGGCGAGAUGCGACACCCAUCUACUGGCGAAGAUGCGACACCAAUCUACGCGUGAAGUCGCAACACCAAUCUACGAGUGAAGACGCGGCACUCGAAAACCUUCGAAGGUUAAACAUUGUCGCACGUGUAUAA